UCUUUUAAAUUGGCCGUUAUCAGUUUUGUACUUCCUCAAGGACCCAUAUAACCUUAAACUUCCAUCACGUAUAAGAGUGCGUUAACGUGGUAAGCUCAAUGGGACAUUUUAAAGGGACCCAUACCUAGUUUGAGUGAUAGUUGAGUGAAUUCAAACGAACAAUAUUGCAACGAAAUGGCGCAGUUUGUAACUCACAUUCAGCCAACUUUGGUGGAAGCAUCACAAGGUCAUCUACCACAUCAUCAUGGGCAUCAGGUCGGUGUGCAACAUUCGUCCCAUUUGCCUCAUAGUGGACAUAACAUGCCAUCACCCCCAAAUCAUCAUCAUCAUCACCAUAACAAGCAUGUUAGGCAUGCCUAUGAAUAUUACACUGGUCAUCAUUGCAUGUCCGACGGAAACACUUCGUUUCUGCGAGCGGCCAGAGCUGGAAAUCUUGACAAAGUUUUAGAGCACCUUAAAAAUAAUAUCGACAUUAACACUUCCAAUGCUAAUGGCUUAAAUGCACUUCAUCUCGCAUCUAAAGAUGGUCACAUUCAUGUCGUAUCAGAGCUACUCAAACGCGGUGCUUUGGUCGAUAGUGCUACAAAGAAAGGUAAUACCGCUCUUCAUAUAGCUUCGUUGGCUGGUCAAGAAGAAGUCGUUAAACUCUUAUUACAACAUAAUGCAUCGGUUAAUGUCCAAUCACAAAAUGGCUUUACACCGCUCUAUAUGGCGGCCCAAGAAAAUCAUGACACUGUUGUGAAGUUACUUUUGGCGAAUGGAGCUAACCAAAGCCUAGCAACAGAAGAUGGCUUCACUCCACUGGCGGUUGCCAUGCAACAAGGCCAUGACAAAGUUGUUGCUGUUUUACUAGAAAGUGAUACUCGAGGAAAAGUUCGACUGCCUGCAUUGCAUAUUGCGGCUAAAAAGGAUGAUGUAAAAGCUGCAACAUUACUUUUAGAGAAUGACCAUAAUCCUGAUGUGACCUCUAAAUCCGGAUUUACACCUUUGCACAUUGCCUCCCAUUAUGGGAAUGAAGCGAUUGCAAACCUGCUGAUACAGAAAGGCGCAGAUGUGAACUAUGCGGCAAAACAUAACAUCAGCCCAUUGCAUGUAGCCGCCAAAUGGGGCAAGACAAAUAUGGUAUCCUUGCUGCUCGAAAAAGGUGCCAAUAUCGAAAGUAAGACACGCGACGGUCUAACGCCUCUGCAUUGUGCGGCACGCUCCGGUCACGAACAGGUUGUUGAUAUGUUGCUGGAACGUGGAGCUCCGAUUAGCGCAAAAACCAAAAAUGGCCUGGCUCCUCUCCAUAUGGCUGCCCAAGGCGAACAUGUGGAUGCAGCCCGUAUCUUACUAUACCAUAGAGCUCCAGUUGAUGAAGUGACUGUCGAUUACUUAACUGCUCUUCAUGUGGCUGCCCAUUGUGGGCAUGUUCGAGUGGCCAAGUUACUCCUCGAUAGGAAUGCUGAUGCCAACGCACGAGCCUUGAAUGGAUUCACUCCACUUCACAUUGCCUGCAAGAAAAAUCGCAUCAAAGUAGUUGAAUUGCUGCUGAAACAUGGAGCGAGCAUAAGUGCCACUACGGAAAGCGGUCUAACUCCCUUGCACGUUGCCUCUUUCAUGGGAUGCAUGAACAUCGUGAUCUACUUGCUGCAGCACGAGGCUAAAGUGGAUGUGCCCACUGUCCGUGGCGAAACCCCAUUACAUUUAGCGGCUCGCGCAAAUCAGACCGAUAUCAUCCGGAUCCUACUAAGAAAUAAUGCACAAGUUGACGCUAGGGCCAGGGAGCAGCAAACGCCGCUGCACAUCGCUGCCCGCCUGGGGAAUGUCGAUAUUGUCAUGCUCCUGCUUCAACACGGAGCCCAAGUGGAUGCGACCACCAAAGACAUGUACACGGCCUUGCACAUUGCAGCCAAGGAAGGACAAGACGAGGUUGCCGCCGCUUUAAUAGAAAAUGGAGCUGCCCUGGAUGCAACUACUAAGAAAGGCUUUACUCCACUUCAUCUGGCUGCGAAAUACGGCCACAUUAAAGUUGCCCAACUGCUCCUUCAAAAAGGAGCAGCAAUUGACGCUCAAGGUAAAAAUGGGGUCACUCCUCUGCAUGUGGCUGGCCACUAUGACCAUCAGAAUGUAGCACUUCUAUUAUUGGAAAAAGGAGCUAGUCCCCAUGCCACAGCGAAAAAUGGAAAUACACCACUACAUAUUGCCGCACGGAAGAAUCAGAUGGACAUUGCCACCACUCUUCUAGAAUAUGGUGCCAAAGCAGAUGCUGAAAGCAAGGCAGGCUUUACUCCUCUGCAUCUUAGCGCACAAGAGGGUCACACAGAUAUGUCGGCACUCUUGUUAGAACACAAAGCUGGAUGUGAUCAUCAGGCUCGCAACGGGUUGACCCCCAUGCAUUUGUGCGCCCAAGAGGAUAAAGUGAAUGUAGCCCAGAUUUUGUUGAAAAAUGGAGCAGAUAUUGAAAAGACUACAAAAGCUGGAUACACUCCAUUACAUGUUGCUGCACAUUUCGGACAGGCCAAUAUGGUUCGCUUCCUCCUUCAGAACGGCGCCAAUGUUGAUGCCGCGACUGGAAUCGGCUACACCCCAUUACAUCAAGCUGCUCAACAAGGACAUUGCCACAUUGUUAAUCUAUUGCUGGAGCAUAAAGCCGAUGCCAAUGCUCAGACUGCAAAUGGCCAAACACCACUACAUAUUGCUCGUAAGCUUGGUUACAUCAGCGUCUUAGAUUCUUUGAAAGCAAUUACCAAAGAAGUCACGUCCCCCACCCAGGCGGCUCAAGUUGAAGAAAAGUAUCGUGUUGUUGCCCCAGAGGCGAUGCAUGAAACCUUUAUGACUGAUUCGGAAGAGGAAGGAGAUGAAGACACAGUAAUAUGCAAUCAGCAUUAUCAGUAUUUGACUGCUGAUGAAAUGAAAUCACUCGGCGAUGAUUCCUUGCCAAUAGAUGUUACUCGUGACGAAAGAGUCGACUCCAAUCGAAUGGUCCAGAGUACAGACUCUACUGGUCAACCUACCCAAGCUUGCGAGGAUAUAAUUAGUCCACAACGCGCUCAGGUUCAUUCAGCUGCCAAGCAGACUCAUGAAACCUACGUGGCUGAUAACAUCACCAUGGAACGUCAUCCACAACAUGUGGGAAGGAAAUUACAAUGGAAGAACUUCCUUGUUUCGUUCCUGGUCGACGCCCGUGGUGGAGCUAUGCGUGGAUGCCGUCAUAGUGGUGUUCGAAUAAUAGUACCAGCUCGGUCGGCUUCGCAACCUACUCGCAUCACUUGUCGUUAUGUGAAACCACAACGUACUAUGCAUCCACCCCAGUUAAUGGAAGGGGAGGCAUUAGCAAGUCGAGUUCUGGAAUUGGGACCGGUUGCCACAAAAUUCCUGGGACCAGUCAUUAUGGAAGUACCACAUUUCGCAUCAUUACGCGGCAAAGAACGUGAAAUUGUCAUACUACGAUCUGACAACGGAGAAACAUGGCGGGAGCACACUAUAGAUAACUCCGAUGAAGUCAUUCAUGAAGUCUUGAAUGAAUGUUUCGAGCCAGAAGAAAUUAAUCAACUCGACGAAUUAGGUGGCGGCAGAAUCUGUCGGUUUGUCACCUAUGAUUUUCCACAAUACUUUGCAGUGGUCUCAAGAAUUCGGCAAGAAGUUCAUGCUAUCGGACCGGAAGGUGGUAUGGUAUCAAGCACUGUGGUACCGCAGGUGCAAGCAGUUUUCCCGCAAGGAGCUCUUACGAAAAAGAUCAAAGUUGGCCUUCAGGUAAAUCUCUUUAAACCACGGAAAGGAAUCGCACCUGAAAAAUUACGCAAGAUAAGUGUGAAUCAUGUGCCGAAAAAGAAACGCUUCUCAUUAAUUUGGUGAAUUUAUUCACUAAGCUUUGAGUGAAUUGCAUACAAUAGACAUUAACUAUAAUAGAAAGUGGAAGGUUGUCUUGGUUUUCGAUGUUGUUUUGCCUUUUCGCUUUAUUUGGAUUAAGACUUUUGAAACAGGCCAUGAAGCCUCUGGGAGUAGUAAUCAGCAAUCAUGAUGAAGCCAAAGGAAGUAGUAGUGGCAGAGUUUAAAAAAGCGGAUCAGAUUUAAUUUUAAAAAGUUUUCUACAAAAGCAAUACAUACUGAUAUUUUAUGCGAACCUCGAUUUCCUCGUAAUUAUUUAUUAACUUCGUGUUGGAUAAUUUUCAUGGAAUCGGCUGGUAUUCAACCAUGAAGCUCUUGGAAGUAGUAACAAUAUUUUGUGAAGCUAAGAGAAGUAGUAAUGGAUUCAAGGAGAAGACUAGACAUUAUACUAUUGAUCAGUCAGUAGAUGGUAGCAAUGUAUGAAAAUGGUACCAACAUAUUAUGUCGUCAUUUCAAAGAUAAAAUCCCUUACAAGCAAAGGAAACCAAGCCAAGUUCCCAUACUAUCUUCCAUAUAAUGAAUAUAACAUAAUAUAUUGCAUUUGAAGUUCAUAAACUUAAGCAGAAAGCAAGGCAUUUAUUAUCUUACAGGAAACAAGUCUUCAGAAAUAACAUGUGUUCAUAAUUUUAAUACUAUACGAUAUGUAUAAGCAAGCGAUAUGAUUGAGUGGGGCCGUUUCUAUUGAGGUUAAUAUAUUUCAUAUGUUUAUAAGCAGAUGCCUCCUAUUUUGGCUUAUCUAUUUUUUCGAGCAAUUCCUGAUUUUAACAGAAAGAUCAAAGUUUCAAUCGGAAAAUUGCUGCUGGCAGGUUGUUUUACACUCUGAGACUAUUUUUUAAAAUGUAUAUUUUUAAAAGACGCGAAGUACACAGUGUAGCUUCACACUUCCGCAAGAUAAAGUAUAUUUGCCUAAAAAUAGCAUCUCUAAGAUUGUCGUUCAGAAUUCUAUAUUGCAUUGUUAAUUUCCUGGAGCUUAUACUGGUGCAUACACCCCAAUUGAUAUUAUUGAAAAUUCCUCAAAUCUUGCAUUAUCUGAAAAAGCAGCAGCAGAGCACCUAGACGGAAUUAAUAAAAAGUACUCAUCAUCAGAAUAAAACCGAAUAGGAUUCAAUUAGUAGUCAUUGCACAAAUGCAAAUACCAGUGAAUAGUUAUUCGGAGUAAUAUAGACAGCGUUUCACAUACAACUCUAUAUGGUUGCAUUUAUAUAUCCUAAAAGUUUUUUGAAUACACUAUUGUAACUUCAUGAUAAGCUGCUAAUACUUUUAGUGAUGCAUGUUAAUCUUUACUUUAACCAUUCACAUAACUGCAUUUAGAAUCAAUUUAAUACUCAAAAUAACUAACGAGCAAACUACCUUUGAAAAUAUUUUUCGGAUUAACCAAUUCAUAUUUGUUCAUUGAAUUUAACAAUAACAACUUCCAAAUUAAAAGUUGAAUUGAUUGCUUCUAGAGUUUGAGUGGAAAGCAUUUCCGCAUUUAGUUUUCUUAGAAUAAAUUCGAAUUUGAAUCAAACUAAGGUCGUGAAUCGACAACCAAAAGUGAUCAAUUUAAGCUUUGUUGAUAUGGUUCGACUUAAAUCAGAAAUAUGUAUAUAAUUAAGCGAAUCCGAUAAAACAUGGAGACUACAGAUCCCGAUAUCCUAUAUAUUUACACUAACGAAUCAUACUCUCAUAGAUAUAACUACUGACAUUAUAUUUAACCUGAUUGAUUCCUUGAUUUAUUUUUUUCUUCUGUUUCAAUUGAGUGCCCAAUAAAUUUAGUUAAAAAGAAAAUAAAAAUUGUUUUUGCUUCUCACUCACAACAUGAAGUGAAAUAAAGAAAAACCCCACAUGCAAAUGCAAUGAAAAAGCAGGGUUCGAAUUUUAUAUACAGUCCAAAAGAAAUCUUCUUGAAAUUAUUUGUUAUUACCAACAAAGCUGUAAGAUGAUUAAUGUAGAAAAUAAUUUAGCUGAUCCAUAGAUGAUUAGAAUGUAAUAUACUAAAUUUAUUGGGCGUGAAGCUCGCCAGCAUUUUUCUGCAAAUGCUAAGAAUAAUUGAAGCCGCAAACUAACUUAAAUACGAGUAUACAAUGUUUAAAGGCCCAUCAGUAUAUUUUUACAUAACGCUUCAUAUAUUGGUAUAAAUGUUUAUCCAAUAAUCUCAGUUGAUGUUUAGUUUCCCAUUCUUACUUUCCCAUGAUUUCCGUUUAGUUUGAUAUCGUUGGCAAAAUGCAUUAUGAUUGGAUUGAAUUGCACCAGUACCUUGCUACUAUUUUUUCAUUAUUUCCCAUUAAGCCUAUGUUUUUGUAUAUAACUGCAUAUACAUAUAUUAUUCGAGCCUUGCUUUAUUUCUUGUAUGGUGUAUGAAGUACUCCAUCGAUGGUUUGUUGUGUGAUCUAAGUUUCGUUCUUCACUUAUGGCGCUUUAUUAGGAUUGAGUAAAUUCGAAAUUUGUGGAUAUCAUGCACGUUCAUAACCCAUUUUUGGUAUAAUCUAGUGAAUUUCUGAAGCGAAA